AUGACCAAGCUCGUUAUUCUCACAGGCUUGUGCCUGGUGAUGUGCCAGCUGGCAACUGCAUCUCAGAUGGUGUGCUACUUCACCAACUGGUCCCAGUACAGACCUGGGGCUGGGAAAUACAUGCCCCAAAAUGUAGAUCCCUUCAUGUGCACCCAUUUGAUUUAUGCUUUCUCCAUCAUCAACAACAAAAAUGAGUUGGUUACCUAUGAAUGGAAUGAUGAGACCCUGUACAAGACCUUCAACGGUCUGAAGAGCAAGAACCCUGGUCUGAAGACGUUACUUGCUGUUGGUGGAUGGAACUUCGGCUCAGCUCAGUUCUCCAUCAUGGUGUCCACUCCUGCUAACCGACAGAAGUUCAUCCAGUCUAGCAUCAAAUUCCUGAGAACUCAUGGAUUUGAUGGUCUUGAUCUUGACUGGGAGUACCCUGGAUCCCGUGGAAGUCCUCCAGUGGAUAAGCAGAGGUUCAGUCUGCUAUGCAAGGAACUUGCUGAAGCCUAUGCAGCUGAGGCCAAGACAACCGGCAAGCCUCAGCUCAUGCUAACUGCUGCAGUGUCUGCUGGAAAGGGAACCAUCGAUGCUGGAUAUGAGAUUGCUGAGAUUGCCAAGCAUCUGGACUUCAUCAAUGUGAUGACCUAUGAUUUCCAUGGAGCUUGGGAACGCUUCACAGGACACAACAGUCCUCUGUAUCGUGGCUCACAUGACUCUGGAGACCUCAUUUACUUCAACACUGACUUUGCUAUGAAGUACUGGAGAGACAAGGGAACCCCAGCGGAGAAGCUGAGGCUGGGAUUUGCUACUUAUGGUCGUACCUUCCGUCUGACAUCAUCAAACACUGGUGUUGGAGCCCCAGCUAGCGGCGCUGCAUCAGCAGGUCCAUACACUCGUGAAGCUGGAUUCUGGUCCUACUAUGAGGUCUGCACUUUCCUGAAAGGUGCCACCAUUCAGUGGAUUGAUGACCAGCAAGUUCCCUAUGCCAGCAAGAACAAUGAGUGGGUGGGAUUCGACAGCAGGGAGAGCUAUGAGAUCAAGGUCCAGUACAUGAAGGACAUGAAGUAUGGUGGAGCCUUUGUGUGGGCCUUGGACCUGGAUGACUUCAAAGGGGAGUUCUGUGGAGAGGGAAUCCAUCCUCUGCUGUCCCAUCUGCGUAAACUCAUUGAUGCCGAGAUGCCACCUGUUCCAGCGACUACAACCAAGAGACCUGCUGUUACUACCACAGCACCAGCAACCACCACCACUAAGACCACUAUCCCCAUUCCAGGAAGAGGUUUCUGCAAAGACAAGCCCGAUGGCAUGUACGCCAACGUGGAUGACCCCACAAGCUUCUACAUUUGUGCAGGUGGCCGGACCUACCCAAGGAAAUGUGGAGCUGGCACCGUCUUCGAAGACAGCUGCAAAUGCUGUGUAUGGCCCUAA